CAUAAUGAUGGCCGCUUUCGCUGGUAGCGGUAAAGGACCAGAACUAUCCAAAGCUGAGUACCUAAAACGGUACUUAUCCACCGAUGAAGAUGCCAAGAAAUCAAAGGGGAAGCUUAAAAAGAAACGACAUAAAGUUCCUGAGAAAGGACUUAAAAUUGUAGACGAUGACAUAGACUGGAAACAGAUGGUCCAAGAGGAGAAGGAGGUUGAAGAGGACGAAGAUGAAGCUCCAGUGAUAGCUGAGGUGAUUGAUGAUCGACCAGACGAGGUGAAACAGUUAGAAGCCUUCAGAACCAGCAACAGAUGGAAAGUGAUAGGAGCUGAUGAAGAUGAAGACACAAGCAGGGGCCACCAUGACUCGCCAGAGCUGUCAUCAAAGAGAGGGAUGCAUGAUUCUCCUGUCAGAAAGACCCGCCACGACUCUCCAGACACAUCCCCUCCCAGGAGAGGUCGCCACGACUCUCCAGACAUAUCCCCUCCCAAAAGAGGCCGCCAUGACUCGCCAGACUUGUCACCUCCACGGCAACAUUCAGGGAAAUCAGGAAAGGUGCAAAGUAAAGAUUCACCCCCCAGCAGAAGAAAGCCCAGCUCAUCAUUGUCAAGUAACAAACGUUCACCUGAUCCUCGUCGGUCACCACUGGCAAAGAGGGCUCAGAACAGGCAUGAUUCCGACUCUGACCAGUCACCUCCACGAAAAAAGCCACAGAAGAGAGAAGCAUCGGACUCUGACCAAUCUCCUCCAAGGAGGCACUCAAAAACAAGACACGGCUCUGAUUCUGACCAGUCUCCACCCAGGAGGCGGCCGCGGAGUGGAAAGGACUCGGAUGAAGAUCUGUCACCACCUCGUAGACCUGGCCAGUCACAGGGCCACAGGAUGCUUUCUGGUGGGAAGGCAGGUCUGGUUUCUGUAGAUGUUUUAAGGAAAGAGCAGGAGGAGAACCGACGCAGAGACAGACACAACCAGCCACUAGAAGAUGAAUCCCGCAAUUCCCAGACGGUGUUCCGAGACAAGAGCGGUAAAAAGAGGGAUUUGGAUUUGGAGAGAGAAGAACAGAAGAAGAAAGCUGGAGAAAAAGCAGCAAAGGAUGAGAAAUAUGCUCAGUGGGGGAAAGGGUUGGCCCAGGGCCAGAUGCAUCAGCAGAAACUUGAAGAUGCACUGCACGAAGCCCAGAAGCCGCUGGCACGUCACUACGAUGACGAGGAUCUCGACCGUAUGUUGAGAGAGCAGGAAAGGGAGGGAGAUCCCAUGGCUGCGAUGCUCAGACGGAAAAAAGCUCGCAGCACAAAGACACAAGAGAAGCCUCGGUAUCGAGGUCCAGCACCACCUCCAAACCGGUUCAAUAUUCAACCAGGCUAUCGCUGGGAUGGAGUUGACAGAUCAAAUGGUUUUGAACAGAAACGCUACACACGGAUGGCAGACAAAAAAGCUGGCCAGGAGGCAGCUUAUAAAUGGAGCGUGGAGGACAUGUAACGGCAAUCAGAUACUGAUUAUUUAGGAGCAGCGCAGGUCCACUGAACCUCAGAGAAUUAGCUGAAUGGGAUAUCUACUCUGUGAUGUUAGAACAGCUGCAGAUUAGACUCAUUUACUCAGCAGAAUUGAUGUGUUGAUGCAUUUUGUUCACCUUUCCAGAGCAGUUUGGUCCUGUACAACUGAUAUCAGAUUAUUACAAACUGAUAAACCACAAACAUAACUGUAUAUAAUAGUGAGGUGACAGCAUCUUUAUGAUUUUGUAAUAACGGGUUCAAUGUGGAGAUGUGGUUUUCACUGUUUUAUUAAAUAAUGUUUUUGUUAAGUGUUGUGCCCUGAAUCACAAGUGUUCACAAACAGUGGUUUGGGGAGUUAGUGUUUUUGUUUGGGGUAUUUUUUGUUGUUGUUUUUGUUUUGUUUUAAUGGGUUAGGGUCACAUCUGUGAGAAACAUAUCUUUCUUUUGG